AUGUCUCUGCUUCUCAGACGGCUGUCGAAGCUCUGCCUUUCGAAACCUGCGUCCGUUAGGUCUUCUCUACUUCUCUCUAAUGGCUUCUCAUCAUCGUCUUUGUUGCAAAGCCCUCCUUGUAACAUAAUCGGCGCUCGUCGUUGUGGACCGUAUUUUGGAACACUCAUCAUUUUUAACGCUAAUGAAGAUGACUCCACUUAUUUGGAAAAGAAGGUGCCUAUGGAGCUGGUGGUGUAUAAUGAUGCAACUGUAACAAUAGGGGCAUCUCAUGGAUGGGUAGCUACUGUGAACAAGGACGACGGCAUUCUGCGUCUUCGAGAUGAUCUAAACCCAUAUGCAUCGUAUACAGAUCCGAGAAGCAUUCGCCUGCCUCCUCUUGUUACUCUGCCUCAUUGUCAAACCCAAAUCAUCACCAACGUGGCCAUGUCAUGUUCUUCUCCCGAGGAUGAAGACUGUGUUGUUGCUGUCAAGUUCUUGGGACCUCAGCUCAGCUUUUGCAGACCCGCUCGAAGUCACUCCGAUUGGACCAACAUCAGAAUCGAAAACCCCUGCUUCUUCUCCUCCCGUGUCAUGUUUUCCAAGAAAUACGACAUGUUUCGCAUUCCUGGAUCUGGAGGCCACAUCAUCGGAUCAUGGGAUCUCCGCAGACACAAGCACGAUCCCGUAUUGCAGAGAUUGCGAUUCCGAAAACUCCCCGAGCUUCCCAAGACCAAACGGGAGCUUUUGGAUUUUUGCUGCAUCACCGAACACUUAGUGGAGUCCCCAGCUGGUGAAACAUUCUUGGUUAAGUGGUACAGGAAAACUGCACCCGCACGCAAGACUAUCAAUGGUAUGGUGAAAAUGCAAACAAAAACUGUGAUGGUGUUCAAACUUGAUGAAAAAGGAAACGCUGUAUACAGUCAAGACAUUGGGGAUCUCUACAUUUUCCUCUCAAAGUCUGAACCUUUCUGUGUCCCUGCUAGCUCUUUUCCCGGCAUGUCCUCUAACCGCGUCGAGAUCUUGGAUGUCAACGAAAACGUUGUUGUCGAUCUGUCUGAUUACUCCAUGACCGGUGGAAAUGCUCGUUUUGGUGCACCUUACAGUAUUCCACCCCAAAAACUAGACUAG